GAAAGUGAAAUAUUUUUUAAUAGUAUAAACAGAACGGUACUGUCCGAGUGAACCGGAUCAAUACAGUGGUGAAUAAGUGUUAAGACGUUUGAUAACAUAACUGGACCAAACGCGGUAUACGGUGGAGGCAUUCUACCUGUUUUCGCUGCAUUUAGAUACGUUUUCACCUUUUUCUCGUAUAUUAAUUUUAAGCCGGUAGCUCAGAGACGUAUUAAUCGAAGUGUUUAUUUUAAAUAAUACUUUUUUACUGUGUGUCAGUUUCGCGUAGUUACGAGUUUUUCGUACGUCGCCCACCGUUGAUUUCAUAAGCCUCGGAUUCGAUAUGAGGACUUUGAUAUUGGUGGUAAGCUCGCUGGGAGUAGCCUUUGGCCGGCCCGAAUUACCAGUCGGAGGAUUCAACGGAGGCGGUAACGGCGGUGGAAUUCAAUUGGACAGUUACGCAGCUCCGAUCGGAAACGGAAACACAGGAUCUUUUAUUACCGGAGGCGGCGGAGGUCCAGCUCCUCAAUAUGGACCACCAGCUCAACCAGCUCAACCACCGGUGAUCCAUAAGCACGUGUAUGUGCACGUGCCACCCCCAGAGCCAACGUAUUACGCUCCAAAAAGACCUCAAGCUCCACCGCCACCACCUCAGAAACAUUACAAAAUCGUAUUCAUUAAAGCACCGACGCCACCGCCACCACAAGUGCCAGAUAUUCCAAAUCUGCCACCGCCUCCCGAACAGAAAACUUUGAUUUACGUAUUAGUCAAGAAACCAGAUGAAGCUCCAGAAAUCACGAUACCGACGCCAGCACCUACUCAGCCAUCUAAACCAGAAGUAUACUUUAUUCGAUACAAGACUCAGAAACAAGAAGGUUACCCGAACUCGAUAAGUUCCGAAUACGGUCCACCAUCGGGAGGAUCAGCACCUUCAGCGCCGGCUGAUUCGUACGGAGCACCAGCGCCAUCGCCUUCAUUCUCGCCAAGCGGAUCAUCGGGCUCUUAUUAAAAUUCAAAACUCUUCGCCUCCUCUUUGUAAAAGACUGUCCUACGAAAACAUUUCCAAAAUCAUGAAUCGAGAUACGCCGCAAGGUCGACACGUAAUGUAAAUUCGAGUCUUAUAAAAAGAGAGGAGUACCAAAGAGAUACUCUUAAACCAAAGUUGCCAUAUGUGUAUUUUGCUGGUACGUUUCGAGUCGAAUUAUGAAAUCGCACGAAUUAGGUUGAAAAUCGAUCGUCAUUUUUCAAGUAAACUCUACCAAAAAAAAAUUCUUAUUACAAACCAGUUUCGCUCGAAUGCGCACACUGAAUAUUAAGUUCAUUAGAGCAUGCACUUGUUGGGUUUUUUAAUGACGAUGCGCGCUUGCAGAUGAAUAGAAAAUAAUCCCAUCCGUGUUGCAACAUAUACGUAUCCUUGCUAUACUAUAUUCACAAUACCCUGAAAAUAUAAAAGAAAUGUUACGUUAUAAGCAUUUAGAAAUCAAUUUUUACUAAUUUACUGUACAGUGUGUAAUUAUAAUUAAUUUUUAUCAUUUGUAAGUGUCUACAUUUUAUAAGUAUUUUUUUUUCAAUUUUUUUGUUUGAUGAGAUUCUUUUUUGUAAUUUUUUUUUCUUUUUUAAUAUAGAGUGAUAUAUUUUUUACGAAAUUGUACCAAUUUUUAUUAUUUAUAUAAAAUGGAGCAAGUUACCACAUUUAAACCAGGAAAUAUUACUUCAGAAAUGACACAAUAAUCGCAUCAAUUAAUUAGGUAUUCAAUUUGCGAAUUCUGCAGUAGGUAUAUUCCCUUUGAACGAGAAAAAAUAAUAAUAGAAAUAUUCAAAUUAAAUUUUCUUACCAGUAAAAUGACCGAUUUAUAAUGUCCAUUUGUAUUUACAUAAUAAUAAAGGUAAUUCGUUACUUA